UAGAGAGAGAGUGUUUGAUAAUUGAUAUUAUUCGUUUCGUGUGAUCUGUUUGUUUUGUGAGAAAGUUGCGAUGGGGUCUCUGGCAGCGUUUCCAAGGGGGGCAUCCAAACAAUGCCUUAGCGGGAACAAGCACAUUGAUGAAAGCUCCGUGGAGGCGCUGUUCAAGUCGCAGCAGAGCCACCUGAACUACUUCUUCCACCACAUCGACCACUCCCAAACCCUAGCCUUCACGCGCGCGCUCCUCGAAACCGCCGGCACCGUCUUCUUCACCGGCGUCGGCAAAUCCGGCUUCGUCGCGCACAAGAUCUCGCAGACGCUCGUCUCCCUCGGCGUCCGCUCCGCCUUCCUCUCGCCGGUCGAUGCGCUCCAUGGCGACCUCGGGAUCCUCACCGACCGCGACGUCCUCGUCCUCCUCAGCAAGUCCGGCGCCACCGAGGAGCUCCACCGCCUCGUGCCGUGCGCCAGGGCCAAGGGCGCGCUCCUCAUCGCGCUCACCUCCGAGGAAGGCAACGCGCUCGCCGCCAAGUGCGACAUGUCCGUGCAUUUGCCUCUCCAGAGAGAGCUCUGUCCGUUCAACCUCGCUCCGGUCACAUCCACCGCCAUUCAGAUGGUGUUCGGCGACACCGUCGCCAUCGCGCUCAUGGAGGCAAGGAAUCUCACCAAGGAGGAGUACGCCGCGAACCAUCCCGCCGGCAAGAUCGGGAAGAGUCUCAUCUUCAAGGUGAAGGAUUUGAUGAAGAAGGAGGAUGAGCUUCCGAUUUGCAGAGAAUCGGAUUUGAUCAUGGAUCAGCUUGUGGAACUGACGAGUAAAGGAUGCGGAUGCCUGCUUGUUAUCGACGACGGUUACAGUCUGAUUGGGACGUUCACUGACGGUGAUCUCCGUCGUACUCUGAGAGCCAGUGGAGAAGCCAUUUUCAAACUCACUGUUGGGGAAAUGUGCAACAGGAAACCAAGAAUAAUUGGUCCGGAGGCAAUGGCGGUGGAUGCGAUGAAGAAGAUGGAGGCUCCUCCGUCGCCUGUUCAGUUCUUGCCUGUGAUAAACGAUCAAAAUAUGUUGAUUGGGAUAGUCACAUUGCAUGGUUUGGUUUCAUCUGGCUUGUGAGUUGUGAUGUCAUUGUUGUAUUAGAUUAGAUAGAUAUAUAAUAUAUGAUUGCUCCAUUCUUUAGUUUUUACUCCACACUUUCAAGUGGGAUUCACCUGUUCUUAUGUUACAGUAUAAUCCUUGCAUAGGAUUCAGAGGCAUAGAUAUCAAUUGUUUUUGCCUGCCGACAUCGCGGGCCUCUUUUCACUACCACUUUCCGUGCAUUAAUUAUUAAUUAUUAAUUAUUCAUAUGUAUAUUUUGUCUUGAUUUUUCUUGUACUAUUGAUAUUACAUUUUCAAUUUCUUAUAACAAGAAGCUGAGCGCACAAAUUCUGGUGUGUGCAAGUUUUUA